AUGGAUCAAGAUGAUACCAAGUUUGAAAUAAUAGAUCAAAACAAUAUCCCCAUAAUUAUCCACCUACUAUAUACAAUAAGUCUAAAAUCAGUCCUAAACGAAAUUCCCACCGAGAAUUCACUAAAUCAAUCACAACCAAACCUACUAUCAGAAACAUCACAAGUACAUUUUUUCAGAUCUGGGGUGAAAAUACGACGUAAUAUAUACUUAGUUAAAUUGAAAUUUGGUCAAGAUGAUAAAUUUGAAAAAUUUGGAGUAUUGUAUCCCGUUGUAAACGAUAUAUUUGGGAUUUUCAGAGUUGAUUGUGAGAUACCAGAAACUGAUGAUUGUGAGGAAAUGCCAGAAAUAACAAAUUCUGAAGGGUUAUUUACAAUUACUAAAGAUAUGGAAUUGAGCAGAAACUUGAAUUUACCACAAGUUACAAGUUUUUCAAUGAAACCACCGAGUAAAGUUAUAAGAGAAGAAUUUCAAGAUCCCUUACAUUUUUUACAAAAUAGAUAUUAUCAAUCACUUUAUUCAUUAAAUGAACCAUUAGUAUAUUUCCCAAAGACUUCAAUUUCGAGAUUUAGAAAUAUCUGUGUUAAUGAAGAUCGAAUUAUUGAAAUUUUAUCUAGUAUGAUUAUGACUAUUGAGAGUUUUGAUUUGAGGUAUGAGGUCAAUUUUUUAGCUAAUUCGAAUACAAGUGAAAUUGAAUUAACUCAUAAGUUGCAUUUCAUGGACAAAAACGGAAUUAGAGUGGUUGAUGAUAAAAUUGAAGGAAUAACAACUGAUCAGCUACAGAAAAUUCUUCUAGAGUUGAAAACUAGAGAAGCUCAAUUGCAAAUUAUUCUCAUUUUCGAAUUACUUUUAACUAAAAAUAUAAACGAAGAAGAAUUUUUAUCUAAAAACUUAAAGAAACAAAACUCAAUUCAGAAAAAGAGUCAAGAAAGUCAAAAAAUAAAUUUAGUAAGAUCAAAGAAGAAGAAAACUGUAAAACCAAUUGUAAUGGAAGUUUUAUCAAACGAGUUCUUCACAUACAUAUAUAUGAACAAAAUAAUAGAUAGAUUAAACUUAUGGGAAGUAUUAAUCUCAAAUAAAAACAAAGACUCAAAAAAUAUUUUACCUCAUGUUUUAAUAUUAUAUUAUCACAAAAGUUUACCACAUUUGACAAAAUACGUAAUUGAAAAUUUAAAGAAUAUAAAUAUGAAACUAACAACGAGUUCAAAAAAAUCAAAAGCUGAUCUUCAUAAAGUAGAGAAAAAGAUAGAUAGACCAAAAUUGACAAAGAACAAUGACAAUGACCAAUUAAUCAAAGACAUUUCAAUAAGUUCAAUCAAAAGGUCGAAAUCAAACUUAGGACAAUCAAAAGAUUUAGACAAAAGGCAAAUUAAUUUAGAUUUAAAAUCACCAAAGACAAAAUCAAUAAUUGAAGAACCAUCACAAUUAAUUUUUAGUAAAGCUAAGAAAUCAAAAAGCAUCCCCAAUCUAUCAUCCAGCUCAACUACAUCCACAAACUUGGCUCAAUUCCAAUCAUUUUCACAGAUUCAAGCAACUCCAGCAAAACAAAGAACAAUAGAUUUAGCACUAGAGGUAUUCACACCAACAACCAACAAAGAUAAUGAGUUUGUAAAACCAACAACUAAAAAUUCAAUGACUUCAAAAUUACAAUCAAUAGCUCAACAUACUGAAGAAACUGAUGAUGAUGAUAAUGAAUUAGGUUUGGUGGUGAAUAGUUCACCUCAAAAAUCAAUAGUUAGUGUUGAAGCUACUCCCCAAAAACCAUCAAAUUCUUCCAAAAUGUAUCAAACAAUUGAAGCAACUCCACAACAAGGCAAAAAUAUAGAUGCAACUCCCCAAAAAUCGAAAGUAAUUGAAGCUACGCCAAAACAAACUAAAAUAAUCGAAGCAACACCACAAAAAGUUUUAGCAGCAACACCAAGGAAAAGAUUAAUUAAUGGAACUCCAAAACAAGUUGUAGCUACACCUUCUAUUAAAAAACCAACUUCAACACCAAAAACAAAACCAGGUGAUCCAAUCCCAUUAUCAAAUUCACCAAUUUACAACGCAUAUAAUUCUUCCAAAAAUUUAUUUAAUGAUGAUGACUCCAAUGACGAUAAUGACAUUAAUGAUAAUGACAAGAGUAAUAACAAUGAUUAUGAUUAUGAAUAUGAUUCUGAUGAAAUUUUAAAUCCUACAAAGAAAUCAAAAUCUACGUACUUUAGAAAAUAG